GUCUCUCUUUCCAAAACCCUUCCCUUUUUUGAUUUCUGAUUCUUCUCCUGUAAAAGCCCUUUUCUCUUUACCCUUUUCUUGAGAUGAUUUUCAGCGCUUUUUCAAGCGUCUCCAGGAACGCUUGUACACGCUUCUUGCUCAUUUCUGCUCCGAGGAAGCUCCAGCCGCCAGGCCUAACCACUCAAUUGCACUCUCUCAUUUACGAAUCGCCAAUUAAGGCCAGUUCAAAUGGCGUCUCUUUGAUUCAUUAUUCAGCCUUUAAUCCCUCGAUAUUCCAACGGUUUGGGAUUGCUUCAUCUGCUACUCCUGAGCCUUCUGACAAGGAUGGAAGCGCUGUAGAAAAUAAUGGCCAAGAGAAUACAGAACAAAAUGGAGAUGUUAAAGUUUCUGGUGAAACAAAAGAUAUGAGUUCUGAAGGGACUGAAGUGAAAGUAUCAAGUUCUAGUUCAGAAUCCCAAUCUGAGUCUGUCAAAAAAAGAAGAAGAGGUACUCAAAGAACUGCAUUUUCUGAUUCUGAUUCUGAUUCUGAGAGUGAUGAAGACUUGUCGAUGGAUGAUAUGGUGAAACUUGUGGUGGAGAAGGAUGAACUUCUAAAAGUGAAGCAAAAGGAGAUUGGAGAGAUGAAAGAUAAAGUAGUUCGUACCCUUGCAGAAAUGGAGAAUGUUAUGGCCAGAACAAGGCGUGAAGCUGAGAACUCAAAGAAAUUUGCAAUACAGAAUUUUGCGAAGAGCAUGCUUGAUGUUGCAGACAAUCUGGGAAGGGCAUCUGCACAUGUCAAGGGCAGUUUCUCCAAGAUUGAUGAAUCUAGCGACACUGCUGGAGCUGUACCUCUUUUAAAAACACUGCUAGAAGGUGUUGAAAUGACUGACAAACAGCUUUUGGAGGUGUUUAGAAAGUUUGGUGUGGAGAAAUUUGAUCCUAUGAAUGAGCCAUUUGAUCCGCAUAGGCAUAAUGCAGUUUUCCAAGUACCAGAUAAUUCUAAGCCCUCAGGCACUGUUGCUCAUGUUCUGAAGGCAGGAUACAUGCUUUAUGAUAGGGUUAUUCGGCCAGCUGAAGUUGGCGUCACUCAAGCACCAGAUAAUGAUACAUCUGCAAGUGAUGGAGGUGAGAAGGGAUCUGAAGCUUGAAGGUAGGAGUGGACAGAGUUGCCGCGGCACAUUUUUCUAAUAUUUUUCUGUUCAUCUGUGUCAUAAGAAUAACAUAUGAGGUUCUCGUUAGAUUAGUCUUUUGGAGCUGUUCUUUGGUAAAUUUCUACCAUACCACAUCUUGUUUUUCCCAUUAGUUCAAGUCAUAAAAGAUGCACAACUUUUUCCCUCAUCUAAAAUAUAUCAUAUAAAUCAGUUUUUACUCG